AUGGCAGGGGGUAUGAAGAGCAGAAGUCUCAAUAGGCGAGAGCUGCGAGGACGGUUCGAGGUGAUCGUGAAUGUCCCUUCCGUCGUGCUUUGGCCUAACGCACUCGCACGAGUUGGAGCACCUCAAAAGAUUCGCUCCCGAGAAGAUACUGAAUUCGAAGAGAAGUAUGAGAAAGCCUAUGUAGACGUUCUCCACGCGUUGUUCUACAACCUAUCCGCGAAGAACAUCUCCGCUUCAUUACAGAGUGUGCCCAACAUAAGAACCCAGCCGAAAAUCAUGCAGAAAAGUAUUUCCCAAGAGGCGAAAAUGAUUGUGCGAUAUGUGUACUCGCAAAUGGCAACAGCAGACACGGUUACUUUGAUUAUGAGUCCAGUAUUACGAGGAGAUCGCGGGGAUGAACUGCAAGUGAGCGACACCUCUGUCGAUAGUGCAUACCAUGGAUUACGGAACGAGUCCACUCACUGCCACGCCAUAUCAACGAUGUCGCCCGCUGACCUCAGCCUCUCAGACCACGACGUGCACGUUCAUGAACUGAGAGCAAAAGGAUGGCGGGGCAGUCUCGACCCCAGUGCGGAUCCAAAGAACAAAUGA